AUGGCGUCCCAAGUUUCAGAACUUGUGAAGCUUCCCCGGGAACUUCUCGACAACGUGGCCACCUCAUUGCCCACACAGGAUUUCAACAGCCUUCGCCUGGCCUGCAAGGAGCUGGAAGCCAAAACCUUCCCAUAUUGGGCCAAUUGCUUCUUCAAGAAGAGACAGUUCAUGAUUGACCAAUUCUCCUUACAAACCCUGGUCGACAUCUCACAGCAUGACGCCCUGUCCAAGGUUAUCAGCCACCUUAUUAUUGGCCUUGAUGAGUUUCGAGCUUUCAACCUCGAUCGAGCUUUUAGUUCCGCUGCGCAGAAUCUGCAGCCUCUCGCCGAGUUCGAUCGAUGGCGAUCUGCUGACUGCACACAGCAGGCCCUUCUCUAUGGAGGUGGCGCAGUGGAUAUGUUGUCAAGAGCACUGGUCAAUCUGCCGAAUCUCCGGACAAUCGACCUUCGUGAUUUCAAUUCUCCGACUCGGUAUCGGGACGCAGUCCCACGGAAUCCAUCCCCUCAAUGGCGAAGCUAUGGCUCGUCCCAUUACCAACAGUGGCCCCUUGGCCGAUGCUCCACCACGGGAGUGCAAAGUCUAGAAGUCAUCCUCCGAAACCAUCAUUUCGCACUUGGAGACGACGCAUUCAGUCUCUCGGGUGUUCCAGGCAGUCAGCUCGCCGCUGCUCUUCGUGGUCUCACUAAGCUGCACCUCGAUCUGAACUCGCACUGCCCACAUUUGUCUGGUCUCUCACACGUUCAAGUAACCAUGCCUAAGCGCGACUUUUUCGACCCCGCCACGACUCAUCUUCGACGUUUUCUGGGACUUACACCUAGCAUCACGUGGCUGAGGUUGAACUUCUAUCCCAACAUUGGAGCUUCACACCGAUCUUCUCCCUCGAAGCUGAUCGCAUGGCUUGGACUUGAGCCAAAUACUAUUCCACCACCAAAUUUGCCCUGGGGUCCGGGGAACCCAGCUCCUAUCACGCUGCCCUUACGAAGGCUUGACCUUGGAAACGUCAAAACAAGCCCGGUUAUUUUCCGCAGGCUCCUGAAGAAAUUCACCCGUCUAGAGUGCAUUAGCAUCAGGGAUAUUUGUUUGCGGGACGCGGAGGCCACCUCCGAUUCGCAUGAGUCCGAUAUCGAGGACAAUGAUGACUGCCUGUGGGCUAGGUUCAUCCGCAACCUACAUGCCACAAAUCAAAAUAUCAAGAAAGUCGAACUAAGCCGACUCAUGGAAGAAACAUCUCACGGUUCAAACACCAUUGUUUUUUGCAACGAAGCCGUCCCCUCAGAGUAUACUGUCUUCGCUAGCAUUCAGAUCACUGAUACUGCCUCGUUGAGGCGGCUUGCUGACAACACCUGGACGGACAUUCGUUGGCAUAAAUCGCAAGGUCUUGGUGAUGGUGAUGUGGUGGACGAGGACGGCGAGAUCUACGUUGAUUCAGAGCUUGACACUGAUGAAGAUAGCGAGGGUCUCUCUGAAGACGAUGGGAACUCUGAAGACAAUCAGUGA